AUGUUUUAAUUAGAAUCUUAGAUAGAAAAUAUGUAGAAUUAUAUUUAAUAAUUAUAAUCUUAAAUUGAAAUAAAAAAUAGGUAAGUUCAAUAACUAACACAAUAAAAUAAUGAAUUGAAAAAUAAAUAUAAAGAAUUAAAGGAAUCAUUACAAAAAUAAGAGCUAGAUAUUCAAAUUAGAAAUUAAGGAUAAAAUAAUACAAAAUAAUAAUUUAAAGAUUUAAAUUAAUAAUAGAAUCAAUUACAAGUUAGUUAAAAUCAAAAUUCAAUUGACAUUUAUGAAAUAGAAUAACAAAGUCGAAAAUAUCCAUAUGGCAUGAUUUCUAAAAAACCCAUGAAUGUACCAAAUUUAGAAAUUGUGGAACAAGAGUAAAAUAAAGUGAAAAAUGGUAUAUUAAAUUGUUAAUUUAGCUAAACAAAUUAAAUUAAAAUCUUGUCCUGCCAAAAUAAUUUAACAAUAUAAUGAAAAUAAUACGCUUUCUCAAAUUAAUCAUGAAGAUGAUUAAGAUAAUAGGUGAUUAUUAUAUUAUAUUAAGGUGUAAAGCCAUUUGUGCUCAUGAAUCACUUUAAAAUUAAAUUAAGUGAAAAAAGAAGAAUAUUUUGAUGUAUAUUACCAAAUUUUAGAUAAAUUAUUUCAGUUAAUCGUAAAAAUUUUUUAAAUAAAAAAAGAAAAAGAUGGGUUUAAUUUAGAUAUUAAAUUUAAAACAGUAUUUAUUUUUUACAGUUACUUUGUAUUUCAAUAGUCGAAAAUAUUAGGGCCUACACUUUUCAAUUAACUAAGGUUAGUUUUGCAUGA